AUGCUAGAGGACCUGGAACUGCAACUUAGUCAACCGAAUCAACGACUAGCUAAGAUGCUUCCAAAGGUUCAAAAGGUGGGUCUGGGUCUCGAUCUGGAUAUGGGUAAACAACUGAUUGGAUCUCGAUCUGGAACACGAGCAUCGGACUCCAAAGCACGAUCACGAAGGUCAGACUCUCUACCACGAUCAUCUGGUUCUUCAUCUGGAACAUCUGGUGCUUCUGUUCGGUCAACUGGGUCAACUGCUACUGCUGCUUCUGGAACUGGAUCUACUUCUGCUUCAUAUACAUCAAUAGCUGCUGGAACAUCUGACUCUUCAUCUCGAGAAUUAGGUUCUUAUGCUCGAGAAGCAAAGACUGAAUCCCGAUCAUCACGAACAGCAGGCUUUGGCUCUCUUACUGGUCAGGAUGCUGGUCCUGCUUAG